CCGAGAGGGGCGGAGCCGAGCGCUCCGCUGCGCUCUAGCGCGGCGCUGGGGCGCAGCUGAUAAUAACAGUCGGCUGCCAGAGGUUACCUUUAUAACCGAGCACUGCCAGCGGGAGAGAGGAUUACUUUAUUCAAGACCACCAUGUGUUAAUUACAAGUUUCGAGAUUCCGUUUCUGCACCGAGGUCCAAUUAAAGGGGACCCUGACGUUAAAACAAUGUCGCGCGCCGAGAUGGAAAUACCGGGACGCGGUUUCCCGGGUCUGUCGGUGGACAUGUCCGAGGGGGACUGCCUGUCCCGGGUGUCAGUGUUCAUGCCCCACGGUCUAGGUGCACGGCGGAACUCCUAUGGCUUGCAUAAAAUCACCAUGGACAUCGACUCCCCGCUGUACAGCGGGGUCCUGUCCAAGGCGCUGUCAUGGUCCGCCGAGAACAUACUGUCGCUCCCAGAGUCCCGGGCCGAGGAGGAGGCGGGUAAGACGGACGACUCGCCCAAGUCCCCGUCCAAGUCACCGUCCCCCUCCCCAACCUCGAGCAUCUGCACCGUCGCCUCCCUCACGCCCCACUGCAGCGCAGCCUCGGAGGCUGUCCUGCUCACGGACACCUGGGCCUCCGUCCCGGCCUCCUCCUCUUCCGUCCCCCAGGAUGCGAGCUCGGACUCGGACACCGAACUCCACGUCCCCCACAGCAAACCGCACAAGGUGCUGUCGCGGCUCCCCUACCAGAGCAAGAGGGAGCAGGAUGAGAAAGAGGAGAUCGAGACCAAAGCUGUGGCCACUUCGCCCGAUGGAAGAUAUCUCAAGUUCAACAUCGAGAUCGGAAGGGGUUCGUUCAAGACCGUCUAUAAAGGGCUGGACACGGAGACCACGGUGGAGGUGGCGUGGUGUGAGCUACAGACGCGAAGGUUGACCAAGGCGGAGCGCCAGCGGUUCAGCGAGGAGGUGGAGAUGCUGAAGGGGCUGCAGCACCCCAACAUCGUCCGCUUCCACGACUCCUGGAAGUCGACGGUGAAGGGACACAAGUGCAUCCUGCUGGUCACCGAGCUCAUGACCUCCGGCACCCUCAAAACGUACUUGAAGCGCUUCAAGGAGAUGAAGCUGAAGCUGCUCCAGAGCUGGAGCCGACAGAUCCUCAGGGGGCUCCACUUCCUGCACACCCGCACCCCCCCCAUCAUCCACCGGGACCUCAAGUGUGACAACAUCUUCAUCACCGGGCCCACGGGCUCUGUGAAGAUCGGUGACCUUGGCCUGGCCACGCUCAAGAGCGCCUCCUUCGCUAAGAGCGUCAUCGGAACGCCAGAGUUCAUGGCGCCGGAGAUGUACGAGGAGAAGUACGACGAGGCGGUGGACGUGUACGCCUUGGGGAUGUGCAUCCUGGAGAUGGCCACCUCAGAGUACCCCUACUCCGAGUGCCAGAACGCCGCUCAGAUCUACCGCAAAGUCACCAGCGGGAUAAAGCCUGAGAGCUUUUCCAAAGUUAAAGUCCCGGAGCUCAAAGAGAUCAUUGAAGGCUGUAUUCGCAACGUUAAAGAAGAGAGGUACACCAUCCAAGACCUGCUGGACCACGCCUUCUUCCAGGAGUACAACGGCGUGCACGUGGAGCUGGCGGAGGAGGACGACAUGGUGAAGUCGGGCCUGAAGCUGUGGCUGCGCAUGGACGACACCAAGAAGCUCCACGGGAAGUACAAGGACAACAACGCCAUCGAGUUCCUGUUCGAGCUCUACAAGGACGUGCCGGAGGAGGUGGCCCAGGAGAUGGUGGUGCUGGGCUUCGUGUGCGAGGGGGACUUCAAGCUGGUGGCCAAGGCCAUCCGGGACCGGGUCACCAACAUCAAGCGGCACCGAGAGAAGCUGCGGCGCGUGGCCGAGGAGCAGAGCAGGCAGCUGGGGAGGAGGAGGAAGGACGAGGAGGAGCAGCAGCAGCAGCAGCAGCAGCUGCUGCAGGCGGCCCCGGAGGAGGACAGGAUCCUGGAGGGGAGCCCCGCACCCCCCUGCCGCACCCCCACGCCGUGCCAGACGCCCCCGGCGGCGGGCGGCUCGGCGGACUCGGGGCUGGCGGCGGCGGCGGCGGAGGAGCCGGAGCCGGACCAGCUCGUCCACAGCCGCCACAACAGCUGCUCCUCGGCUAACUCCGACUGCGAGAUCGACUGCUUCCUGAACUCCUCGGGGCUCCAGGAGGCCCUGGAGGCUGAGGGGCCCGAGACCCCCCCCAUGGCCCCCCCAGCGCGGCCGGGCACGUCGCCUGGCAACGGGCUCCCCAUGCCCAGCCUCCGCUUCCCCUCGAGCAUUGCGGUAUCCAGCAACACAGAACAUGGCAACCCGCCAAGCGGCUUCAACUCUCCUGUGGACAGCUACGCCUCUGAUGUCACCUCGGGGCUGAGUGACGGCUACGAGGGCCUAUCGGAGAAGAGCGGCAAAGCGGAGGUGAGGCGGACGGGGGGCAAACUGUUCCGGAGGCGGGCGCGGUCACGCCUGCGAAUCACUGGGCUCUCUGACAAGGUGGACCGCGUGGUGGAGUGUCAGUUGCAGACCCACAACGACAAAAUGGUGACCUUCAAGUUUGACCUGGACGGAGAUAACCCCGAGGACAUCGCCGGGGUCAUGCCCAACCUGCUCACCCACAGCCUGGCCCGGACGCAGUCCUCGUCCUCCCUGCCUGAAUAUGUGGCUGCCCGUGUCUCUUCUGUGUCUGUGUCUGUGUGUGUGUGUGUGUGUGUGUGUGUGUGUGUGUGUGUGUGUGUGUGUGUGUGUGUGUGUGUGUGUGUGUGUGUGUGUGUGUGUACACCCCUGUGCCUACGUGCAUGUCUGCAUGCUGUAGACUACAGCCUGGGGGUCCCCCCGUUGCCCCCCUCCCGGGGGGACCCCUCAGACGUUACCUCAGCGGGGAGACACCGGGGGCGCUCUCAGUCUUUCCGCAGCAGCAAAGGCUCUCCGCAACACCACCACCACCACCACCACCACCACCCGUCCUCCCUGCUGCCCCAGAACCACCAGCAGCACCAGCAGCAGCAGCAGCACCAGCAGCAGCAGCACCAGCACUACCAGCUACCCUACAUGGGGCACACACACUUCCCCUUCCCCUACCCCGCCCCACCGGGCUCCCCACAGCCAGAGCUGGGGCUCCAGUACCCCCAGCACACACACUCACCCCUCACCCGUGUGGCCAGCAACCCCACCUUCCCCACCACGGACUCGCCGUCCUCGGGGUCCCCCAGACAGACCCCCGGGACCAUGACCCCCCCGGGGCCCCAGCAGCACGCCAACAUGUGGCCCGCCCACUCGCAGCCCCUCUUCUCCCUGGCCAACGUCAUCUCCAUGGCGAUGAGCAUGGCGCAGUCCUUCAUCCCCGCGUCGGGCCAGGGCCUCGCGGCCAUGCCGGGGUACCACCCGCAGCUGGCCCAGCACCCCCACGGGCCCCACAUGGGGGGCCCCUCGGGCUACGCGCCGCAGUUCCCGUCCCCCCCCCCCACGGAGGGCCACUACCCCGGGGAGGGGGACUUGUGCUUCAGCCCCGAGCCCCCGCAGUACCAGGGGGACGGGGGCGGGUUCCCCGGCUGGACCAGCCCCGCCUCGCCCCCGACCAGCUGCUCCACGCCCUCCACGCCGCCCCGGGGCCCCCAGGAGGGCCGCGGUGGCCCCCGCCCCGACGGCUCUCCCCCCCUGGUCCAGGACGACCUGGGAGGCGGGGGGCGACUCCACAUCCACGAGGACCACCCUUACUCCGCCCCGCUGCCGCCGCCGCCGCCCCCCCAGGCCCAGGCCCAGAGCUCCAGCUCGGGCUCGGAGCCCCGGUCCUCCUCCAGCCUGUCCCCCUCCCCCCCGGAGAGCCCGGAGAGCACGUUAUCGUCCGUCAGCCCCCAGUGUCGCCCUCCGGUGUCCCAGAGGACCGCCAGUCCUCCCAGACCCACGGCCCCCUCCACGGACCCUCCCGCUGCUGAACGCCGACCCGGGCCGGUGACGGUGGGCCGCUUCCAGGUGACCCCCAGCUCGGAGGCCGUCGCCACGGCAGCAAGACCCUCAGCGGUCCCCCUGGCCAGACCCCCUACGGCCCCCGGGGCCCGACCAACGACGGCCCCUGGGGCCAGAACCCCUACGGUGCCCGGGGCCCGAGCCACGGCGAUCCCAGGGGCCCGACCGGGAGGCGGCUCCAGCAGCUCCUCGUCCGAGAGCAGCACCGAGGAGCAGGGCGGCUCGGAGACCAGCCUGGGCACCUCCCUCACCAUGUCCCCCCCGCAGCCCUGCCCCGUCAGACCCCCGACCCAGGACGGCCGCAACGCCGCCGCCGCAACCGCCGCCGCCGCCGCCGCCCCGGAGCACGGCCAGGCCGCCGCCGCCGCCGACGACGAGGAGGACGACGACGAAGAGGAAGGAGGGGGAGGGAGGCCCGCGGAGACGAAGGAGCGUCCGCGGGCGACGCAGGCCGGGAGCGCCAGGAGGCGGAGCCGCAAGCGCACGUGCAGCCUGAGCCUGCUGGGCACGUCGGCGGACAGCGGGCUGUCGGUGACGGCGGCGGACGCCGAGGGCGGCGGCCGGCUCUGGGACGGGGGCUCGGGAAGCCCCCAGUACACCAACGCGCUGCACCACCUGUGGACCAUGACGUACAGCCGCAGCGCGCCCUACGUCAGCAGCGACGACACGGAGAGCAGCGAGAGCGAGAUGCUGGAGGAGCUGCAGGAGCUGCGGGAGAAACACCUGUCGGAGGUGCAGACCCUGCAGGCGGCCCAGAAGAGGGAGAUCGAGGAGCUGUACGCCAAGAUGGGGAAGGUGCCCCCCCCGGGCAUUGUGUCCCCCGCCGCCAUGCUGUCCAACCGCCAGCGCCGGCUGUCAAAGAGCAGUGGCGUGCCCCCCUCGCGGCGGAACAGCCUCCAGCGCGUGGACAUGGGCCCGCUCCAGGGCAUCAUCAGGAGGAACUCCCUGGGCGGCGGCAGCAGCAGCAGCAGCUGCUCACAGGACAAACCAAGCAAAGGGGUGACCUUCUCCACGGACAUCAAUAGAAUGUAAGAACCUUCAGCCCAGCAAGCUUUCACAUCCGGACUACCUCAUCCGAGUAAUGACUGCAGCGGUCAAACGGAUCCUUACGCUCAUUCUCAAUCGGUUCACUGACACCAGAAAGUGAUUCCUGUCAUCUCUGAAGACAAUACAAGCCCUCGAACACAAGGCACUGUCACUGUCAACAGGCAUUCAUCGCCACAAUCUCUACAUCUUAUUGACACAGGAACCAAAGCCGCCUAGAUUGGGACCGGUGAAUUCAUUGCAAAGGUGGCUAUCAACUACCUACUAAACUAUUCACGUGGUUAUCUCAAGACUUGGACCAAACCAAAAAACAAAAGGAGAGCUGAUCUCAUGUGAAUUUGCUUUAAACAGAUUACUGAACCGUGUGUUCAAUUCCACGUUAGUGUUUUGUGAAUAUGGAGGGAUCAAAGCUUCUGUAUUAAGCCAACUCGAUUUAUUUUCUAUUUCUUCUUGUUUCUGUCUCACUGCCGUUGUCCCCUGCUGACGUUUGACUGACCGUGGUAAAGGUUUGGGAUAAUGAGAGGCAACGUGCUGCAGUCUAUUUAUGAAAAAGUGCUUUCUGAGUGUAGCCUCUGUGGACAACAAUAUUAUUUGUAUAGUUAAUGCCUUCCUAUUACUGAAAAGAGAUUGUACAUUUUAGCCUAAUUACAUGUUGAUCACAUGUAUUUCGAAAAGCUUUAUCAUGCAUUACUUAGUCUAAAAGGUAUUUGUGGGGAUAUUUUAUCAAGCACAAGGGGUUCAGGAUAUUGAGGCUUAGCUAGGAUUCUGAUAUAUGUACUCGCAGCAGACUUCUGUUGAGUAGUCUUGGGAGACCAUUGUGAUCUUGUGGGUUCCCAUUAUGUUCCUCUCUGAGGAUUAGGAUGUGAUCUGUUGAGCGCGUCAACACCCAAUGGAGACGCUGACAAUCAGCACUCUGAAGGUGUGUGCUUAACCGUGUGAGUUUCAUCUGUUAUCCUUCUCCUAGAUUAAGAUCAUUGUAUAGCUUUUAGAUAAAAUAGAACAAUUUAAAUGGCAAUAAAAAAACUGGACUUUUCUUAAAUAGCGAUGGAACAAAUUGUUUUGUUUUUAUUUUAUUUGGGAUUUGACCGCUGGCCUUCCCUUUGUAAUGUGUAUUUUUGCAUUAUUUAAAAUAUUUUUGCUUAUAGCCUUAUGAGGAAACUAAAGAUCUUUUCAACUAUGUAUUUCUUGCGUAAGCAAAAUCAACUGACUUGUUGCCUGAUAGAUUAAGCACCUUCCGCACUUUAGUCCUUUAUAUUUGCUCUUAUACGUGUACAAUAACGUGUAAAAUAAUAUGGGACAACAAAUGUGUUCUGGUUCGUUUAAUCUUUUUCCUCUUGGGGUGUCUUUUCUUCACAGAGAACUCAAUUAUAUUAUUCCAAAUGGAUGAAACAAAAUGUUGUGUAUACUUCCACUAUAUGAACUGCAAUCCCAAGGUUAAAGUUUGCUAGUAUUUUGUUGUAUAUAGAGAUCUUUAAAAGCUGUGAACCUCUAGCCGUUGCCUUAGUUACAUGAAACACUCCCCUCCCUCCAGAUAUCUGUUUUAAGAUUUCCGUAAUAUAUUCAAAAGAGAACCUUAUGCAUCUCUACAUUUUAAAUGUAAAUAUUGAAUUGUAUUUCUCUUUAAUGCUGCUGUCCUUUCAGGCUGAAUCUGUGCCUUUCUUUUUGGGAUGUCUUAUUUUAUAUCGUAACCCAUGACAUUGGAGGCUGGAUCAAGCUCCAUGAAUUAUAUUUUGAGAAAUUGAAUAAAUGUUAUUGCAAUUAC